AGAGAGAGAGAGAGACGGGGACGGGUGCAGCGUUGCCACCAACAGGACGGGAUUCAAAAAAAUCCACAACGAGCAACGUCCUGCGGAGAAAAAUCACCGCUUCUUACGCUGGAAUUCCCCAGUGGCUUUGGAAACUACAUCCUCCACCUUGCUGUGUUUUUAUUUUAUUUUUUUUUACAUGAGGUUUAGGCUACAUGGAAGGAAAUCCUUAAGCCUAUCUCGGUGUGUUGUCACAGGAAAAGGGGCGCCCAAAUCUGUCCCUCUUGAGGAUGGGACCUUUUUGAAUCUCAAAGCAACAACAAUGGACUGCGUUUCUACCGGGAACUCACUCUUGGAGCCGUGCUGUACAAACACACGGGAGUGUGUCGCUUCGGACCCAGACGACAUCUGUCUGGUUAGUUAAACACUGUUCACGGUGUCGUCAGUCGGAGUCCGUGAUGCCCGCGAGGAACAGGUACAACCUGGUGGACGAUGUGGCGGACUCGAGGGUGCCUCUGCACAAUGAAGAAGCGUACCAGCAUGGGAUUUCUUUCCAAGCCAAGUAUGUGGGGUGUCUCGACGUACCCAGGCCCAACAGUCGGAUGGAGAUCGUGGCUGCCAUGAGGAGAAUCAGGUAUGAAUUCAAGGCCAAGAACAUCAAGAAGAAGAAAGUCAGCAUUGUGGUGUCCGUUGACGGGGUCAAGGUGAUGCUGAGGAAGAAACAGAAGAGGAAAGAAUGGACAUGGGAUGAGAGCAAGAUGCUGAUCAUGCAUGAUCCCAUAUACAGGAUUUUCUACGUGUCUCAUGACUCCCAGGACUUAAAGAUCUUCAGCUAUAUUGCAAGAGAUGGUCCCAAUAAUUCCUUCAGAUGCAAUGUCUUCAAGUCAAAGAAGAAGACGCAGGCCAUGCGUAUUGUGCGCACAGUAGGUCAGGCCUUUGAAGUGUGUCAUAAGCUGAGCCUGCAGCAUGCUGAGCAGGAUGCAGACGGUCAGGCGGAUGGAGAGAGUGACAAGUCCACUGAGGAGUCCAGCAGUCAUGGACGUAAGCUGACGGGGGCAGAGCGAGAGGAGGAAGAGGAGGACAGCAAACUUGGAGGAAGACGAGGAGAAGAUCCUUCAACUGGGACUUCCCUGUGUGAAAAGGCCGUCGGUGACAUUCUGCAGAGUCUGGCUGAAUUGAACGUGGUUAAACCUGGACAGACCAUCAUAGACUUUGAUCGAAGAUCCGUCUUCACUGUGACAUCCCAAGGCAUUACUCCCAGCAGCCCUUCCUCUUGCUCUCUCACUCCGCUGGCAGCACAGCACUAUCUGCAGCUUCUUCAGCAGCAGCUACAGCAGCAACAGCAGCACACGCAGGUGGCCGUCGCGCAGGUGCAGCUGUUGAAGGAUCAGAUGGCAGCAGAGACUGCGGCUCGUAUGGAGGCUCAGGCCCGCGUCCACCAGCUGCUGAUGCAGAAUAGGGACCUGCUGCAGCACCUGGCUCUGCUCGUGCAGCAGCUGAAAGAGCUGGAGGCCCCCUCCCCAAAAACACAACCAGGGCAGCCACAACAGGAGCCUCAAGCUAAUGGACACGAUGGUCAACAGUCACCAUGCAGCUCUGUGUCUACAUCAGCAAAGGUUCUAACCCUGAAUCUGAAGAAUCACUACAGCCAGACCCUGGACCAGAUCAUCACCUCCACACCUGCAUGGCCACUCCAAACCUCACCCCUCUCCCCCACCCAAGUGGACUCUGCUGAGUCCUACCUGAACCUGCUCAACCUGGAGAACAGUACCAAACCAGCCACAUUGGUCAAUGGAGACCUGGACUCUUUUAUCAGGCCCAAGGGGACAGCGGACAUCAACGAGAGCUCAUGCAAUGAGAUCGCCCCAUUCACGUUAAGAAACUCUGCCAACAUGGAUGAAAAAUAUAAACAGAUGAUCCCUAAACUUGACCCCCCACCCUCUAUGAACCGCAAGCGGGCCAGCAGGACCUUGUCUCCAGGGUCAGAAGUCACAGUCGUGCCCACGGCCAAAGAGGCCCCCGCUAAUGAUGGGGCGGCCAGCCGCAGCAGCAGCCUCUCAUUCCCCGACAUUACCCCCAGCUCCUUGUCUUCGGCUGAUUUCCACUCUCUCAGCAACGGCGAGAGCAGCUCCUGCUCAGCCAGCGAGGACUCAGGCGUGCGCUCCGAGACCAAGUCUCUGCUGUCGCCGCUCCGCGAUGACGACGACCUGUUCGGGGACCGCGGGACUUUUUUAACGGCCUCCAGCAGCUGUGACAGUCCCGUGGAGGAGAGAAAUGAAGCGGUUCUGUCUCCCUCUGAGUCGUACAAUGCUGAGCCCCCCAACCUCGCCUCACAUCCGGACACCUAUGAGCGCCCAUUGCCCCUGUCCUCUCCCAUGAAUGAUACCUGCCUUCACAUCAGUUUCUCUGAGGAUGAGCUGCUGGAGAGCAACCAGGAAGAACCUAAUGUCCCACAGCGGAGUUAGGAGAAUGAGCUGAUGGGAGACCUUCCACUACAUUCUUCAAUCAACUCUUAAUGCAAUACUACUCAGACCCUCCUAUGUUUGCACUGGGCUCCAUUUCAGGAACUUUUAUUAUUCCGUCCACUUGUGACACAGUACAGACAUAGCAUAGCAGUUAGUGAAAAAUAACCUAUUGUGUAAAUUAUUAGCCAAUGGUCAGAUUUAGUAUUUUUUUAAUAAUAAUAAUAAUAAUAAUAAUAAUCUAAUUUACUUUUUAGUGACUAGAAUGUUAAGCAGAAUACAUGUAGCAAUUCUUGCACUGUUAAGGUCACACGUAAGUUACCGUAGACUUCAAAGAGAAUGAGGGAACACGUUUUAUUUUUUCUAGUAGUCAACCUUAAAACGUAACUUUGUAAAUUGCUUUGUUGUGGUGCAAACCAUUGUGGGAAUGUCUGCAGAUACCACACUGAUCAUGCACAUGUUGGUGAUGUUGGAAAGAGCCUCGUCUUCUGUACAGCACCUGACUGGAUGAUGCAAGAAAAGAAAAGAACAAGAAAGUCAGAUAAAGGAAAAUGGGAGGAUAGAAGAGAGCAGAUGUAGUUGUGUUUUGGUUUAUGCACACCUAUUUGUAGCUGGGUCGUAUGUUGAGUUGGUUUUAGAAUGUUUGUUUGAUACUUUCAGACUUGCAGGCUUUGAAGCAGCACUGGAACAAUUAGUGGAAUAUUUUAAUGGAUUUUGUAUGCUGAAUGUAGCAUUAUAAUCCUUCAAAAAUAACAAUGAAUUUUACUGUAUUUUAGUUUUAAUCACAGGGAAAAAACUUACCCUCAAAAAUCUUAAAAACCUACAGCCAUGAAGGCUUUGGAUUGCGCCCGUCUCCGGGGGAAGUGUGUUAAAAUAAACCUUCAGACUCAAUGGGAAGAUAAUAGGGGAAUCACAGAGGACACCGGAGAAAGAGAGCUUGGCGGAUGGAUUUUCUCUGUUCGGCCUUUCACUUUGAGAAAUCCUGAAUCACCAGAGCUGUCAAGAUGAAUUAAGAUGACUUUGUGUGUAGACAAACACACACAAAUUAUGGUAAUUUUUUCAGAUAUUCAUUGAAUAUCUGUUUGGUUUAGGACUGGCAUUUCUGACAUUUUAUAAAUGUUAAAUAAUCUGAGAAAAUAAUUUGCAAAUAAUAAAUUCCCUGUUCAAAUUCCCUUUUUUAAUGUGGCAAGACCUUAUUGCAUUUUAGUAUAAUAGUGUUUUAUUCAAGUAAGUGCAGGUGUAUCCUUUGAAAUGUAGAAGUCUUAAAUGGACGUAAGAGAAAAAGCAGCUAGGGUGUGAUAGGAGAGGUGGUGUAAAGGUGCAGGUGUCAAAUGCCACAGAAACGAGGCCUUUCACAACAUCACAUGUGGCAGGAAGUUAUAACAGCAAUAAUAAUGGAAAAAAUAAUAAUAAAGAGGAAUAGUUGAAGAA